AUGGAAGUUGAAGGGCAUGUUGGAGAAGUGCCUUCCAAGAAGGCAAAUGUUCCCAACAUCAAGCCACAGUUCCCAGUGGCAACUUGGAAAGCUUCAGGGCUCAACUUGAGAGCUUAUAUCAAUGUGGAUGGGCAGCCACAGUGGGUCUAUGAAAGGGUUCACAAGCAUUUGGUUUCAAAUUCUGAAGGGGGUGCAUACCUCAGGAGGAACCUUGAUUCUCUGAAGGGGUUCCUGAAACAGUUCAGUGUGCCAGACAUAGAAUUGGGCUACAAGAAGCUUCACCACCAAGUGAGUGAGGUGGAGCCAUGGCCUGACCACACUGUCACUUCCAGGGCACUGCUUUGCUUGGUGUUCUACCAGGUCACCCACAAGAGGAAUCCUGCAGAGAGCAAGGUGGCAGCUAUCAAAUUGCUUCAAACUUUGGUUUCUUCCCUUUCAUGCCUUGCUAGUGGGCCUUUGGGUUUGAGUUUUGAAGGUGGUGAUGGUGAAUUUCACAGAGUGGAGGUUGGAUUUUCAGCACAGGGGGUGACACAAGAUUGGUGCCAAGUGCUGCACAGGAAUGCUGCAGCUCUUGAGGUGUGGAAGCAGCUUCAAGACACACCAUGGUGCAACUACAGGGUGACCAGCACUGUGGCUGCAUCCACAAUGCAGGAUAUCCUCUUCUUUUUGUGCUACCUGCUUGGCCACCCCAAAUUGAUGGUUUCAAAUUUGAAUCCAUACCUGUCUGUAUGCAAAUAUGUGCUGCCUGACCUUCUGCUAUGGGUGGCAGGCAUGAUGGAUUCAGAGGCCAGGAGGCUAUCAGCCCAACCUUUAGAGGAAUUGCCAAUGCUGAAAACAGUGAAAGGCUCCCACAAAAGAAAAGUUGACCACACAAACAAGUUCAUUUUGCUUGACAAGAUGAGGAAGCACAAGAGUGCCAGGAAGAGGAUAGCUUCUACACAUGACAGUUUGGUGCCACAGCAUUCAGACAUUGUUGAGAGAGAAGCGCACACAGUGGUGUUUCUAUAUUUGCAGAAAGUUUUCAAAACAUUUUCUGACAAGGCUUUGCCCAGACAAUUUGCUGUUUCCUGGGAUCCAUCUGACUAUGGGGGCAAGAACACCCUGGUGAGCACUGUGUAUUCAGUUGCUGCUGACUGUGCAGCAUUUUUGCCAAACCAGCAGAUCAGGAAGCUCACAUUUGCAGACUUACAUGACAGCUUCAUUGAGGAAGCAAAGGCUUCAAAACUUGGAACCUUGGAAGGGUAUUCAGAAAUCAGAGCCUUAUCCCAUGCAUUAUUGCAAGCAACUGGUUGCAGCUUGAUGGAUUUCAGGGUGCCUGAGACUUUGCUGGCAAGACCACUGCAAGAUGGAGAGACCAGGAUCUUCUUUAAUGGUGCUUGGUGCAUUGCUGGGCCUGGAAAUGUGGUCAGGCCUGAGCUGCCACCAGAGCUGGACAUCUCUGCCCUUCCAGCUCUGGUGUCAUGUUCAGACCAGGGCCCCAGCAACACUGCCAGUUUAAAUUUCUUAAUGUAUGGAGGAGAGAGGUUGAUGAUACAAAUUCAGUAUGACUGCUUCCAUCGGGGGUGGAAUGAUCUGAAGCUCAGUGCAAAGAGAUCACUGGGCUACCCAUGGAAAUGCAUGUUGAAGCUUGUCCUCCUCUUCAACAUCAACUAUUCUCCAUUUGGAUCAGGUGGCUUUUUCCACAAAAAACAGUCAGUCCUGGAACAAUUCCUGAGCACAAGGACCUACAAGGAUGCUAGCUUCCAAGCAGCAAUUCCCAAGAUAUGCAGAGAGAGAAAAAUCAAUGAACCAGAAACUGCAGAGGAAGAAGAGGAGAUGUUCAGGGGGUUGGCCCACAUUAGCAAUUUUCAAAAGAAAGGUUCACUGGUUAAGCUUCUCAGAUGGAUGUCAUUUUUUGAAGUGGCUAUGGAGUGGAAAGGAGACUUAUGGGCAACAAAACUCAUAUUGGAAUCUGACACAAGAGAUGCUGACAGUCCUUUGGGGCCUGGUGCAGAGGGCUUGCCAAAGCCAUUGGAGGAGCCACAAGGCCCAGCAAAAGAUCAAAACAAACAAGAUGCCAAGAAGGAGAUGAAUGAUUUGAAGAAGGCAGUUGGGACAUGGAAACUGGCACCAACAAUGGUGACAGAGAGAAACAUUUGGACCUUGGAUAUGUUGCUCCUGGUUUGCAGGGCCACCUGGAAGUGCCAUGCAGAGAGGGCCAGAAACAUUGUGACACCAAACCAGGUGUUAGAAAACAACCUGGCCUGCUGCAGGGCUAACUUUUGGGCCUUUGAGCUGGAGGAAAUGGUCUCAUCAUCACUGUGGAGAAAGGAUGAGUUGAGGCACAUGUAUCCACCCAAAGAGCUUGAGGGCCAGGACAAUGACCCACUUUUGGCUGAGCAUUGUGAUUUUUUCCACAACUUGUUGAGCUGCAGGGCCACUUCCUUGUCUUCAGCAUAUACCUUGCCACCAAUGAGGUGGAAAGCUGUUUUGCUCAGCAACCCUCAAGAGGCUGCAGCUGCAAGGGACAUCUUGCUGACUGAGUGGGAGCUGCUUCUGAGAGCUGAAGCUGCAAGCCUCCACACAGGUAAGAUCACAGCUUUGGAAAAGAUGUACUGGAGGCUCAGCACCUAUGCCAGGGUUCUUUGCAUGGCCCAUGAGAGGGACAAGUGCCAGGGGCUCUCUUGUGAGUCUGGCAGCGCUUUUUCAUUGCAAAUGCUUCUGGCCAAGCACCUUGGAGAUUCAAGAGUCAUAGAGGUGGCCCACCAAAAGGGCCCUGACUUGCAGAGAGUCAGGAGAGACAACACCCUCACCAACAUGACCAUCAUGCAUGGCACCAUCAGUUCAGAUGCUCUUGGCCAGAGAAAUGUCAAUCACCUCCAAGUACUUCCUGAAGAAGUUGUUUUCAGCAAAUCCACCAAGGAGCAAAAUGUGAGGAAACUUCUGACACCAAGUGCACACAAGCUUGACCAGGGAUUUCAAAGGAUGAUGCGCAGAAGGCAGGGGGGAAAUCACUGGCCAUCCCCUGCUCCAGCAAGCCUCUUCCCAAGUUUGGCUGCAACAGAGUGGCUGUUUUCUUUUCUGAAGGGUGAUCACCCUGGCUGUACAUUUGAGGAUGCUUGGAUUUCUUGUGUGGCUGGAAAGUGUGGUGACAUUGUGGCACACCAACCCACUUCAUCCCUGUGGAAGGUGGUUUGCUGUGCUGAAUAUGCUUUCUUGGGCUGGUCCAUGGAUGUUUCAAGCAACAGCACUUUUUUCAUGAGGCCAAACAGGAGAAAGUGUUUCCUUGACUGUGGCCCAAAUGAAAAAAUUGCUGGCCAAAUUCAGUGUUGCCUUGCCAGCCAACACCAGCAAGGCUGGGCUGCAACAAUGUUUGGUGGAGAGUUUUUGUGCAGUGAGGAUGCACAGAAAAAGGCAAUGGAUUCCUUCCAUGCUGCUGCCAGCAAGGAGGAUGUUUUGGACAGUGAUCUGGAAGAGUUGGUGAGCUGUUUGGAUGAUGAGGAUGCAAAUGAGUUGGAUUUGAAAGAGCUGAAAGAGAAAAAAAGGAAAAAGAGAUACCAAACAAAAUCAGCUGCAUCACAGCAACAUGUCCCAGACAGAAGCAAACCUGCCAGGAGAGGGAGAGGCAGGGGCAGAGGGAAAGGGGCUGGCAAGGGCAGAGGGAAAGGGGCUGGCAAAGGCAGGGGCAGAGGCAUCAGAAAAACCAUUGGCAAGAGGCUUGCCAAAGACAGGCCUGCAGAGCCAGCUGGUGCUCCACCAGCCACUGGGCCAGCUGAUGCUGGCAAUGAGUACAGCCCCAGCCCAGGUUUUUCAGAAGGUGUUCCAGACAACACCUUUGCAGACAUUGCUCCUGAAGAUCCAGCCAGUUUGCCCAAUGCAGCAUCAGCUCUUGCUGAAGCCAGUUUGCCACCAGCUGAUGAAAAUAUGCAUGUUGCUGAACAGGGUGAGCAAGCACCCAGUGAGCCAGCUUCAUCUUCAGGUGCAAAUCCACCUCUUCAAGAUCCACCAUCUUCAGGUGCAGAUCCACCUCUUCAACAUCCACCAUCUUCAAAGCAGGGAGCUGCAGAAAGUUGGCGCUUCCUGGUGCGAGAGCAGCCCCCCGAAACCGCGGUGUAG